UAGACGAUUUGACAUUACAGCCUUGGGACAGACCCCCAUGGCAGAGCUUAAAUGAGCGCGUUACACGGUCGUUACCGCCACAGAUACAGGUGUACUUGUCAGUCGUUAUGAUGUUGUUGUUGUAAAUGAAGCUAAUCGCCGAGCUAAAGCGUUGCCAGCCUCUCCACCUCUAACCGUCCUUGUCGUCGACACGCUGUUAGCUUAACGUCUAAUCAUGUGGGUGUUCGGUUACGGGUCUCUGAUAUGGAAAGUGGACUUCCCUUACGAGGAAAAGAGAAUAGGCUUCAUUAAAGGCUUCAGCCGUCGGUUUUGGCAGGGCAGCACCGACCACCGGGGAGUACCGGGGAAGCCUGGCCGGGUCGUGACGCUGGUGGAGGAUCCUGAGGGGUGCGUUUGGGGUGUCGCCUACAAGCUGCCGACUGGCCGGGAGCAGGAAGUGAAGAGCUACCUCGACUACCGAGAAAAAGGUGGUUAUCAGGUCAUCACGGUGACUUUUCACCCCCGUCCACCGCUCACCACCCCGCCCAACCAGACUCUGCUCUACAUCGGCUCUCAGGACAAUCCAGACUACCUCGGCCCCGCCCCUCUGGAGGAGAUAGCCAAUCAGAUCGUCAGCUCCACUGGUCCGAGCGGGCAAAACACAGAGUACCUGUUCCAGCUGGCUGAUGCUGUGAGGACAAUUCUGCCUGAGGACUCAGACACUCACCUGUUUUCUCUAGAAAAUUUAGUGAGGGAAAGACUACACGAUGGGCAGAAACAAUCCCACAUUCAAACAGGUUCAUUGUAAGACUUGGUUGGACUUAUUGGUCAAAUAAUCUCAGGGUUUAACCUCUUACCAUUCCUGUACAAUUAGCCUGACAUGCCAAUCGCAGGUAUACUCAAAGUAAAUUGAAAGCUGCUGUUGAACCUUUCGCAGUACAUGUCUGGUUUUGGUCUCGUUCGAAAUGUAACACUUUUUUCCCCCCGACAGUCAGAAUCACUGUAGUUUGAACACACUGAAUUUGAAGCUUUCUUCUGCCUAAAUGUUUAUUUUUGCAAACAGAUGCCUGAAGCUGGGACUCCUUAGCUGGAAAACACAAUGGCACCACAGCGUACUGAAGCUUUACAGUAAUCCAAGUUCAAAAUUAAUAACGAUACCACAGAAAAUGAAUGUUUUCCAUGUUUGUUUUUUUUUUA